AUGGAUCAAAGUUCAGAGAAACCAAAGUUCAAUAUGAGACUUCUCAUCGAUGAGAAGAAAAACAAAGUUGUGAUGGCUGAAGCUGAUAUGGAUUUUGUUGAUGAGCUUUGUGGUCUAUUGACUCUCCCAAUGGGGACUAUUGUCAGGCUACUGGAGAAGCAUCAAAAUCCCCAGUCUUCUCGUGUGGGUUGUUUUACGAAUCUUUACAAGAGUGUCUCUAACAUGAGUGUCGAUAAUUUUGAGACAAAAGCAUGUAAGGAUUUGUUGCUGUAUCCAAAGAGUUUGAAGGAGAGUCACUGCAGUCGGCUAAAGAUGAAUCUUGCUGAUACUGAGUCUCCCAGGUUUUUUGUGUGCCCAAGUUUUGAUUAUGGCAGGUUAUGCGGUAAGGUAUACAGCAAUACUUGCACCUCAAUAUGUAGUUGUGGAAAAUUAAUGACCCGUGAGGUUCAGAUUGAGGAAGAAGAUCAAGCAGAAGGUGAUGGAGUGUUUCUGAGUUUUAGAAGUUCUUUCAUUAUCACUGAUGAUUUAAAAGUGAUGUUCAACUCUAUUGCUAAUGUCCUGAGUGUCCUCAAUGAUCUUGGCUAUGCUGGAUUUGAUAAGUUACAAGAAAGGCUACUUGAAGUUGGUUCCGACGAAGUGCUGACUUUGCUAGGGUGUAUAUUCAAUUCAGAUACUCCCUUGACAGACACGUUUCUGAGGGGAACUUGUGUGUCAAGGAAGCAGAAAUGUCUGGCUGCAUUUGUGAAAGAAAGCAUAGUUGCAGGCCCACGUUUAACCUUGAAAGUUUUUGUUAGAAAGCUGGAUCGAGUCAUUCUUUAUGCAGAGUGCAGAGAAGAUUUCAUCGAUUUUCUUUUCUCGUUUCUUGCAAUUCCCCUUGAGUUUCUGGGGAAGUUUUGUAGUGAAAAUGCCAAUAUAGGUUGUGUUGAGAACUUGUGCAGAAGCAUAGAAGGGUUAAGCUUAGAGGGGGAGGGGGAAACUACAGUUGCCAAAUGUGUGCUUCCUUAUUCCUACAAUUGUCGUGCACAACUUCUUGAUGUUAUUAUUCAGGAAGUGCAAGAAUAUGAAUGUAUCGUGACUUCCUUUACUGCUAGCAAGCUGAGCAAAAAGAUUGAGAAGAAAACAAAUGGAAGUCAAAGAAUUUUGAAGUUGAGACCAGUGAAUCCAAAAUCCAAAGGCACUUCGGAUUCUACUGGUCUUGCAUUUGUUAAGGGAAAAACAAAGUUCAUGGUGUCGGAUGAUCUACAUGUUACUGCCAUGAACUCAUCUUCAACAAUUGCAGUAUUGAGUAAGUUGCAGGUGAACAUCAAUGAUAUUGAGGAGCAAGUAAUUAGCAUUGGUCAAGCUGAGGCCAUAAGCUUACUUAGAGCUUCCUUGGUCACAAACUCUGCCUUAACCAAUGGUCUCUCGAAGUUCCUUCCUAAAACAAAGCUCAAAAAAGCACCUCAAACAACAUCAUUUAUGAUACCUAAAACCGAAUCAACUCCAUAA